AUGAUAAGCGCCACGGAAAAAACGAGGGACGAUGCGCUUAAAAAGGCAACGGAGGGUCUGCAGCUUCUACAGUCAGCUGAUCGGCUGGUGGAGGGGACCAGUUCACUGUACGGCGAACGUACUGAUAUGCAAUGGGCCAUCUUCAGCAGCGCCAUGGACUGUCUUCAGACGGCGUGUUUGGCGUAUGCGGCGGAAACGCAGCAGAGACAAGAGGAUAAGCUCAGUAGCCUCCGGCGGGAGCACGAGGUAGCAGUCAGUGUGCUGGAAAAGAAGGUGUGUAUUGCUAAGGCUGUGCUGAAGCGGUGGAGUGAGGAUGAGGUGCGAGAAGCUGCAGCUGUACGUGCUUUUAACGCGUUGCAUUUAUCUUCUGUUAUUAAACAGACGUGUGCUCUUGCUGCAGAUCAUGUAUCUAAAAGGCAGGACGUUGCACUGCAGGAAGAAUUGGCCCGGGUGGAGAUGACUGUAUCACGUCGUGAGUUGGAGAUGCAGUUACUCCAUAGAGAAGAAAUGGUGCACGGGUUGAUUGAAGGCCACGCUGCAUUUGCGGCGCACUGCGCAGUGGAGCAUGCUGCAUUGGUGGAAAUUGUUCGCGAGGGGCUGGCGUCGUUGACUGACGUCACACAACGCUUCAUGGAGCAGUGGCAAGAGCAGCGCUCUUUAGACUGUCUGAGGCUGGAGGAGAACAUGCGUGGGGUUCUCAAUUUCUGGGAAGCGGGUGAGUCGUCUACGCUGCAUGGCCUGGGGUCCGGUUUGCUUUUAUGCGCCUUUGAGAUUGACGUCAUUGGGCGUGAGGUGGAGAGCGCGACAAAACUUGUUCUUUUUGAGAAUCACGUUCUUGUUGAGCAAGAUUUACCACUCAGCGUAAAUCCUGUGGUGAUGCUGAUGUUUUUGGAGCAGUACAAACAGUGUGCUUUUGAGGAAUUGAUGUUGCAUUACGCCUCUUUGGACGAUGCACGUCGCGCUUGCAGUGUGGAAGUUGCCACUGAGGCUUUGAGGUACGAGUAUGAGGUGACAAUCACCGCGCUGGAGGAGCACUUUUACCAUGAGAUGCAUGCCUUGCAGAAGGAAAAUGCGGAGUUGAAGGUCAAUCUAAGCAACCUGCGGGAUAAUCUGGAGUUUCGGGUCAACCUUGAUCAGCUGGAGGAGGAGAUAGUGCUGCGAAACGUGCAACAGGACACCCAGCAGCGCACCGAUGGACUCUACUUCGGCAGUCAAAGUGGAAAUGACAAGGUAAACGCGACGAAACACGGCCGCACCAAUGCGGGGCUUGGUGGCUAUUUAUCUUCUUUUUUUCUUCGCUCAAGGGCGGCAGGGAGCGACGCAUCCCCGCCAAGCGUGAAAAUAAUGGGCGACCCAUUGUAUAACGAGAACUUUGAUGUGCGGGGAGCGGUUUCGUCAGGACGCACGCCGGCGCCAACAGCAAGGCAGGCUCUGAGGUCAAUCCAUCCUUCCCACCCUUCCCUGGUCGCCAGCUCCGCGUCAAGAGUGAACCAUGUGCCGCUGUCGAGAGGGAAAGUGGGUCAUGCAGAUGACUCUCUGUGCGAUACGGAGGACUCUCAGAGGUGA